AUGAUCUUUGAAACGCUUUCAAACCAAAAAAACAUGAAAACGGAACACGAAUACGAGGCGACACGUCGAGUCGGAUGCAUCGAGCAGCAGAUUCCUUUAAAAUGGAAGAAAUUUGCCGGAAAACCCAUGCGGAUAAUGUACUAUGGUACAAAGGUGAAUACAUUCCGAGAGAACCCCAAUUUGCAGCACCCCAACGAUUCCUAUACAAUGUGGGCCACGAAAGAAUUACGCCGAGAAAUGAAAGACAAAGGGAAAUAUCUAAGUGAUGCUGAUCUCAAAAGCAUCAUCUCUCAGGAAUGGCGUACAGACCUUACACGAAAUAUCUUAAACAUUCGCCUGAAUCGACAUGGCAGUAAAUCUGGACCAAUUGUGCAUCGAUCACCAACUGGUGCUUUAUAUAUUGAUUCACAUGAACAAUAA